GUUAUCUUCGGUUCUGAAGUCUUGGCCGUGUGACAGUUUACGAUUGAAUCUAUAUGGGCAUUAACAACAUUUUUCAUUACUCGGAGGACAACAAGCAUAUCCCUGUGCUUUGCCGAGUACAUUUGUUCAAGCACCGAUACCGAAACGGAGGUCUCUUAGAAGCAGUAGGAACGUUUCCAUUAGAGCACCGUCAUAAUGAAUGAGUCAGCAGAGGUCAUCGUACUGAGUCCUCAAUAUUGCGUAGAUAUAUAUAAUGGAACUGUUUUGCCUAAUGAGGCAAUCCCCGUUCUGUAAUCGGUCGAGCGCCAUACACUGAUGGUCUGAUAUAUUUGGCGAAACAUUCCCAGCUUAUUAUUUUUGCAGCUGUUAAAUAGCUGUCCAUAUUUAUCCCUCUUACAACUUGAAACUUCCCCAUCAUCCUCAUGAAUCAUCACACAUCUCCGUUCACCUUUAUAUCAUGAGCAACUCACGAGUCACAUACGAGCCAUGGCUUGACAAGCUCAAGUCUCAUUGGCUUAUUACUCUAGGAACAUUGUAUCUGAGCUACCAAAUUGGACUCAUUGUUUACAACUUAUUCUUUCACCCAUUAGCAAAAGUUCCGGGGCCGCUUCUGGGUCGGAGUACCUUGUUAUGGCGGCUCUGGGAUACGACGAGCGGAAAACACCACAAUCACAUGCUAGAUAUGCAUAAGAAAUAUGGCCACGUGGUGCGAGUUUCUCCCAACGAGCUGAGUUUCUCGACUGUGCAGUCUUACCGUGACAUUUACGGCAUCCCUUCUCCUGGGACCCAGCACUGCAUCAAGAGUGAGUUAUAUGACAUAAUCGGCAGCGGAUUCAAGACAGCAGACAUAGCAUCAGAACGCGAUCCGCAAGCGCAUGCACGGAAGAAGAAGCACCUAACACCGGCUUUCUCGGCGCGCGCCCUCGUGGCGCAGGAAGCUAUCAUCCAUCGGUGCCUAGAUGCCUUCGUGACCAAAAUUGGGCCCGUCAGCCAGCGGUCGCCGGAGCUGGGGAUCAACAUGGUAUCAUGGUUUGAGAUGAGUGCCUUUGACCUAUUUGGGGAGAUGUCGUUCGGCGAAAGCUUUGACUGUAUCGCCGAGGAGAAGCACCACUUUUGGAUCGAUAUGGUUUUGCAUCAUGUCCGUGAAAUUGUCAUCAUGGACAAUGUGCGCCGUUUUGGUAUUCUGAAGUUGUUUUCUCAGAAGGUGCUGCCCAAGCUCGCCAUGUCUGUCUUGGCCAAGCAUACCCAGUAUACCCGGGACAAGGUGGAACGUCGGCUCAGCCGCGAGUCCCCUCGGCAGGACUUCUUUACCAAUUUGGUAGCUAAAGUGAAGGCUGGUGAGGUUGACCUAGAAGAGAUGACUGCAAACGCCUCAACUCUCAUCAUUGCUGGAGGUGAAACAACAGCUACAACAAGUGCAGCUACGCUGUAUUUCCUCUUGAAGAACCCCAAAGCGCUGGCCAAACUGACGGCCGAGGUGCGCGGACGAUGGACAUCAUACGCCGAUAUUGAUUCAAACUCAGCACAACAACUGCCGUAUCUACAGGCCUGUAUCAACGAGGCCAUGCGUUUAUAUCCAUCUGGUGCGCAGGGUUUUCCCCGGCUGUCUCCGGGACGCAUGAUCGACGGGCUUUGGGUGCCCAGGGGUACAGAGGUUUACACCUGCACGUGGGUAGCUUCACGUAACCCGGACUACUGGAAACGUCCGCACGAGUUUAUACCUGAGCGGUGGACCGACCCAAACUCAACCGACAUCAAGGCCGCAAGCCAACCUUUCUCUCUGGGGUAUCGAGCUUGCCCUGGGCAGAGCUUCGCUAUCCUACAAUUAAGCCUUUUAUUUGCCAAGAUACUGUACAUGUAUGAUCUGGAGAUGCUAGACCCUAACAUGGACUGGGAGGCUGGCUCGCGACACUGGAUAAUGUGGUGGAAACCACCCAUCAGGGUCCUAGCGCACAACAGACUUGGUCAGGUUUCGUUGGGCAAAUCAGAAUAAGCAGUUGGAAUGUAACCAGCUCUUGGCAACGUCUUCCAUAGAAUUAUGGCAUAGAAUUAGUAAAUCUUAACUGCUUUGGCAAUAACAAUAUCACAAAUCUCCAAC